AUGGCGUCUCAAACGAGACAGUGUGACGGAAGCACGCUACGAGCGCCGGCUUGCGGCGGGCGCGUCAGGACCAAGACGGUGAAGAAGGCGGCCCGGGUGAUCAUCGAGAAGUAUUACACGCGGCUGGGCAACGACUUUCACACCAACAAGCGCGUGUGCGAGGAAAUCGCCAUCAUUCCCAGCAAGAAGCUCCGAAACAAAAUCGCCGGUUACGUCACGCAUCUGAUGAAGCGCAUCCAGCGAGGCCCCGUCCGAGGCAUCUCCAUCAAGCUGCAGGAGGAGGAACGCGAGAGGCGCGACAACUACGUUCCCGAGGUCUCCGCCUUGGACCAGGAGCUGAUCGAGGUGGACCCCGACACCAAGGAGAUGCUGAAACUGCUGGAUUUUGGCGGUCUGUCCAACCUUCAGGUGACGCAGCAAACUGUCGGCAUGAACUUCAAACAACCCCGAGGAGUUUAA